UAGUUUUGUAAAAAUAAUUUAUUUUAACGUGAAGGAAACAUGAAUUUGAUUCACAAACGAUAGAUAAACCAUUUAAUUAGAGAUAAAAUAAAAAUAUUAAAACCCCCGAAGAAAAUAAACUGGAUAAGGUCCUCAUCCACUGAGUAGGAUUUCAUGGCAGCAACAAAACCGUCAUUCCCUCCAAUUCCAGCUUACACCAUAAAAAAUCAAAGAAACCCAAUAUUUUUUCAAUCAAUUACUCCUAUUUCUUUGAUACCCACAAAUUAUUAUUACAAAUGUUGUUAUUUAAAGCACAAUUUUGAGAAAAUUUGCUCCAUAAAAUCAUCUCCAAUCGUAAGUGCUGUGAAACAAGAUGAAAUUCAAUCAUCCGAUUCAGAGGCAUCCAAGUAUCCUUCAGCUUCAACUUCUAAGUUGGUUCUUGUUGUUGGUGGCACUGGCGGUGUUGGGCAGAUUGUAGUGGCAUCAUUGCUCAAUCGCGAUAUCAAAGUACGUCUUUUAUUACGAGAUCCUGAAAAGGCAACCAAAUUGUUUGGUGAACAAGAUGAAGAGAAAUUACAGGUGUGUAAGGGGGACACAAGGAACCAAGAGGAUCUUGAUCCAUCAAUUCUCGAGGGUGUCACACAUGUUAUAUGCUGCACAGGGACGACAGCUUUUCCUUCACGGAGAUGGGAUGGAGAUAAUACACCUGAAAGAGUAGAUUGGGAUGGAGUAAGAAACCUCGUAUCAAUACUGCCCUCGACUCUAAAAAGAUUUGUUCUUGUUUCAUCAGUUGGAGUGACCAAGUCCAAUGAACUACCAUGGAGCAUCAUGAAUCUUUUUGGUGUUCUGAAGUACAAGAAGAUGGGAGAGGAUUUUCUUUGUGAUUCUGGCAUUCCUUAUACUAUAAUCAGACCCGGGAGGUUGACUGAUGGCCCGUAUACUUCAUAUGAUCUCAAUACUCUACUCAGAGCUACAGCGGGUGAGCGCCGUGCUGUCCUCAUAGACCAAGGGGAUAAGCUUGUUGGAGAAGCAAGCAGACUUGUAGUUGCCGAGGCUUGUAUACAAUCACUGGAUAUUGAUUUCACAGAAGGGGAGAUUUUUGAAAUUAAUUCUGUUCAGGGAGAUGGACCAGGAAGUGAUCCGCAGAAGUGGAAAGAGCUGUUUGACGCUGCUCGAACCAAAUAACAAGGCCUAUACUGCUUAACUUGCAAGGCUGAUAUACUAAUUCAAUUCCUGUGCUGAAUUACCUUCUGUUUCCCUAUACUGUUGUGCACUUGUGCUUGUGCUGUAUAGUAAAUAGAUCACAUUCAUGCAUAUUUAUAGUGAGAAAAUGCAAAUUUGGGAAGAUGAAAAGUGAGGAAUGAUUCUUUCCUAUCACUUCUUUUCCUUUCCUUUCCUCUGCCUCCAUCAUAAAGCAAACAUAAGAAACUUAUUCAAUUCCUUUCUAAUGAUUCCAUCCAUUUAUUGCUACCAAGUAAAAGUUUUCAAAACUUGAAUUAUGAAUACAUUUUGUGGUUUCCGGAGAAGAGAAGCGGAGUUUAUAUACAAUCCAGAAGACCCGUGCACAGCACGACCCAACCAUUUGCACGCGUACGUGCUAGAGGGAUACCUCUAGUUCUAAUCAAGGCUUGCAAGGGGCUUGGCAUGUAUAGAGUAUGUAAAGGCCUUUUAUUUUGUCUAUGUGGGACAUUUGGUUAUUUUGAAGCAACUCUAUACUUGGAAUUUUAUUAAGGUAUGUUACUAUA